UAAUGACAUAGCCCCAGUGCCGUGCGACGGGACUACGUGAAGCGCACACAUUUUAGUUUUUUCGUUGACACGAGGAAGCCGUAACGGUCUCCGUUUUUGCAGAACUAACGACGAUCCACUUCAUUCCGUCGAGGAACACAGAAGAGAUCGGAGGGCGGUCUGCUCUUUUUAUCCGCCUUUUGCAUAAAGACUAGCGAAAAUGGGCGAGCAUGGCCGCACCGACUCCUACCGCGUCGCCACCAUCGGCCCCAUAAAGGAUGAUAAUAGAACCGCUGAUGGACAGUACAAGACACGCCGGAAACCACCUGCGAAAAAACGGAAACCCGGAGAUUUAGAUGACCUGAAACAGGAAUUAGAUAUUGAUUUCCACAAAGUAACACCCGAAGAACUUUAUCAAAGAUUUCAGACACAUCCCGAAAAUGGACUUAGUCAUGCGAAGGCGAAAGAAAAUCUUGAACGAGACGGUCCAAACGCACUCACACCCCCAAAACAAACCCCCGAAUGGGUAAAGUUUUGUAAAAAUCUCUUCGGCGGCUUCGCGUUACUACUUUGGAUUGGUGCUAUUCUAUGCUUUAUUGCCUACGGAAUCCAGGCGAGUACGGUAGAAGAGCCAGCAGACGACAACUUGUACCUCGGUAUUGUAUUAGCGGCCGUGGUUAUCGUUACCGGCAUAUUCUCAUACUACCAGGAAAGCAAGUCGUCCAAAAUCAUGGAAUCCUUCAAGAACAUGGUACCUCAGUUCGCCACUGUCAUCCGCGAGGGAGAGAAGUUAACGUUGCGUGCUGAGGACCUCGUGCUUGGCGAUAUUGUUGAGGUAAAAUUCGGCGACCGGAUCCCUGCUGACGUCCGUAUCAUCGAGGCCCGUGGUUUCAAAGUAGACAACUCAAGUUUGACCGGCGAAUCUGAACCCCAGUCCCGUGGCCCUGAAUUCACCAACGAGAACCCCUUGGAAACUAAGAACUUGGCAUUCUUCUCCACCAACGCUGUUGAGGGUACCGCGAAAGGCGUGGUCAUUUGCUGCGGUGACAACACGGUAAUGGGACGUAUCGCUGGUUUGGCGUCCGGUCUGGAUACCGGAGAGACUCCCAUCGCGAAGGAAAUCCAUCACUUCAUCCACUUGAUCACAGGCGUCGCCGUAUUCCUCGGAGUUACGUUCUUCCUUAUCGCAUUCAUCCUCGGCUAUCACUGGCUCGAUGCUGUCAUUUUCCUUAUCGGUAUUAUUGUAGCCAACGUACCAGAAGGUUUGCUCGCGACCGUAACCGUAUGUCUGACCCUAACUGCCAAACGCAUGGCCUCCAAGAACUGCCUUGUAAAGAACUUGGAAGCCGUGGAAACCCUCGGAUCGACAUCAACCAUCUGCUCAGAUAAGACUGGAACCCUGACCCAGAACAGGAUGACUGUUGCCCACAUGUGGUUCGAUAACCAGAUCAUUGAGGCUGAUACUACUGAAGACCAGUCAGGAGUCCAAUAUGACCGCACAAGUCCCGGAUUCAAGGCACUCGCCAAAAUCGCUACUCUUUGCAACCGCGCCGAAUUCAAAGGAGGACAGGAUGGUGUACCGAUUCUGAAGAAGGAAGUCGCUGGUGACGCCUCAGAGGCCGCCCUACUCAAAUGCAUGGAACUUGCGCUCGGUGACGUCCUGUCAAUUAGGAAAAGGAAUAAGAAAGUGUGCGAAAUCCCCUUCAACUCCACGAAUAAGUAUCAAGUGUCCAUUCAUGAAAGCGAUGACAGCAGCGACCCUAGGCAAUUGCUUGUGAUGAAGGGAGCUCCGGAAAGGAUUUUGGAACGUUGCAGCACUAUCUUCAUUGGAGGAAAGGAGAAGGUAUUGGACGAGGAAAUGAAGGAGGCAUUCAACAACGCGUACCUCGAACUCGGCGGUCUCGGCGAACGUGUGCUCGGCUUCUGCGAUUUGCAACUACCCUCCGACAAGUACCCAAUCGGCUACAAGUUCAACACCGAUGACAUCAACUUCCCAGUGGACAACCUUCGCUUCGUCGGACUCAUGAGUAUGAUUGACCCCCCGAGAGCCGCCGUUCCUGAUGCCGUUGCUAAGUGCCGAUCCGCUGGUAUCAAGGUUAUCAUGGUAACAGGUGACCACCCUAUCACUGCCAAGGCUAUCGCCAAAUCCGUAGGAAUUAUCUCUGAAGGCAACGAAACUGUGGAAGACAUCGCAGCCCGACUCAACAUCCCGGUCUCAGAAGUGAACCCGCGUGAAGCUAAAGCUGCUGUCGUACACGGAACUGAACUUCGUGAUCUCAAUUCGGACCAACUCGAUGAAAUUCUCAAGUACCACACUGAAAUCGUAUUCGCGCGCACAUCACCACAACAGAAGCUUAUCAUCGUGGAAGGUUGCCAGCGUUUAGGAGCCAUCGUAGCCGUGACUGGUGACGGUGUGAACGACUCGCCAGCUCUGAAGAAGGCUGAUAUUGGUGUUGCUAUGGGUAUCGCUGGCUCAGAUGUAUCCAAACAAGCCGCCGACAUGAUCCUACUCGAUGACAACUUCGCCUCAAUCGUAACGGGAGUGGAAGAGGGCCGUCUCAUCUUCGACAAUCUGAAGAAGUCCAUCGCCUACACUCUGACCUCGAACAUUCCGGAAAUCUCGCCUUUCCUCGCCUUCAUCCUUUGCGAUAUCCCCCUACCCCUUGGCACUGUUACCAUCCUGUGCAUCGAUCUCGGAACUGACAUGGUGCCUGCCAUAGCGCUCGCGUACGAGGAAGCCGAGGCGGACAUUAUGAAACGCCCGCCGAGAAAUCCCUUUUGCGACAAACUUGUCAACGAGAGGUUGAUUUCCAUGGCGUACGGACAAAUUGGAAUGAUCCAAGCCGCCGCAGGAUUCUUCGUAUAUUUCGUGAUCAUGGCUGAGAACGGCUUCCUGCCACUGAAACUGUUCGGCAUCAGAAAGCAAUGGGACUCCAAGGCUAUCAACGACUUGACUGACUCAUAUGGACAGGAAUGGACAUACCGUGAUCGCAAAGCCCUCGAAUUCACCUGCCACACCGCUUUCUUCGUGUCCAUCGUAGUGGUGCAGUGGGCCGAUCUGAUCAUCUGCAAGACCCGCCGUAACUCCAUCGUUCACCAGGGCAUGCGCAAUUGGGCUCUCAACUUCGGUCUGAUCUUCGAGACGGCUUUGGCCGCCUUCCUCUCAUACACUCCCGGCAUGGACAAAGGCCUGCGGAUGUAUCCUCUCAAGUUCGUGUGGUGGCUGCCAGCCAUUCCCUUCAUGCUGUCGAUCUUCAUCUACGACGAGAUCCGGCGCUUCUACCUGCGCCGCAACCCGGGCGGCUGGCUCGAACAAGAGACUUACUACUAGACUGCACCGACCACGUCCACACCGCCGCGUCGUGCAUCAUUAGUUACUGCGUACAUACGUUCAUUUGUGUUCUUAUAUCAGACUGACAGACACACUGUCGCGGUGCCGUCACGGUAUAUGUGUAAUCGCUGUCGUGUACGCUUCUCACCGCUUGUUGCCGUACGUCGCCGUACGUCGCCGCCCGCGUAAACGGGCCGGCCGCGCCGCACCGCCCGCAAGCCUUAUGUAUAUAUGCUCAGUGAUGGAUGAAUUUGUGAACUUUAACAAAAUGUUAUAAACACGUUAUUGUUUGAAAAUUGCGAGUUAUUUUUAUAUCGAAAAAUCUGUUCGGAAACGAAAUUUUUGAGUAUCUGAAUCGCGAACGCGUUGUAUUAACGGAUCUGGUGGCACGUGAAUCUCGGGCGGCCGGUGCGGCGGGGCCGGCACUCGCCGGUCGGCCCCAUAGAGUUAACUGAUAUAAUUGUUUUACACACUAAGCGAUAAGUAACAGUGUCUAGCGGUAGAUCGCCGCGCCGCUCGCGGCUCUCGCGGGCGGCCGGGGAGAAGCAUUUGUUGUAAUUUAACAGUUAAGAAGCUACGAUUAUUAACUUUUUAAGUGAUUUAGAUUAAGUUGAAUUUUUCGAGUGAACAACGUUCAGUUGACGAUUCGAACGGGUGCGUGGUGUGUGAGAGGUCGAUGUGGAGUGCCUGAGUUUUAGUGUACUACUGCUUACUGUUAGGUAGGUAGUUGAAAUUUUGAACCCAUAUUUUCAUUCGUAAAGUAGAUAAACGAAGCAUACACAGUCGCGAUCGCUUGGAGGGCCGCGGGCGGGCCCCGGCACCGGUUCGCUCUCCGGGCGGCGCCGGGGCCCGCGUGCGGCCCGGGCCGGACACUAUGCUUUUCUUUUUCUAAAAUUAACUGAAAUUAGUGAUUUUUGUGAAAUUUAUUAAAAUAGUCUGCUCAUGGUAAUUACGUAAGAUUUAAUUUCUUAAUUAAAAGAUAAUAAACAAAACGUAGCAAUGCGUAAUUAGAACUUUUUAAAAUUAUACAGUUAUGAUAGUCACCUUGCGUUGGUCGGCGCCCGGCCGCGACGCCUCGCGCGGCGUGCCGGGACGGCCGAUACAUUUCGAUUUUCGUAACGAAUAUAUAACAUAUAAUAAUGGUUAUAAAAGUAAUAAUUAUAUUACAUUAUAGCGACUAUAAAUCUAAAUUAUAUGAAAUGUUUAUAGAUUUAAAGUGAUGUUUGUUUCUUUAGAGUGAUCUUCUGUGCUUGUCCGUCGAAAGUCGGUACGAUGUACAUUUCACAGACAAUAGUCGUUGAUUCUGAUUGAUAUAAUUGUGAUUGGAUCUUUGUGAGCUAUUCGUUAAUGUACACUGUAGAACUAACAUUGUUUUGCGUUCGACAGUUCUUUACACCGUUUCUUUUUAUAGUAUUACUCUGUUGGCUAGGACGCUGUAAAAAUGUAAGUGUUAAUAAAAAAAACAUUUUCAAAAUAUUA